UAAGUGAAAAGAGCCCAUCAAAGGUGAGAGAAAAGCAAAGAAAAGAACAAGAAGAAGAACUGAAAGGAAGCCAAGGUGAGUUCAGAAAAACAGACAACGCCCUAAACCAGAGAGCGCCACCACCACCUCCUGCCGUUUCUGACAGCCAUCUCGAACUCCUUCUUUACAUACUUUACACUCUACUAGCUCUUCAUAGGAAGUUACCGUUUUAGUCUUUUAGGAUAAAAUAAUGGUGUCAUCAAAUAUAAGGGACAUUUUGACAGCAUUUAGUCCUUCAUUGGACUAUUUUGCAAUCAGCUCCGGAGACGGUCGAGUCAAGAUUUGGGACACAGUGAAAGGCCAGCUGCAAACUGAGUUUGCAGACAUCACAUCAUCAAAUAAUGCUGAUUUUUAUACGAAACCUGAAAGAGGUCACCUUUCAAUUGAUUAUACAUGCAUGAAAUGGUUGUCCCUAGACAGAAAGAGGAAACGGAAGCUAGGAAGCUCAUUGUUGGUUUUAGGAACAGGAAGUGGGGAUGUUUUGGCACUCGAUGUGUCUGCUGGUCAAUUGAAAUGGACAGUCUCUGAUUGUCAUCCUGGGGGUGUUAGUGCUAUUUCAUUUUCUACAAGUGAUUCAUGCAUUUACACUGCGGGUGCUGAUGGAAUGUGUUGCAAACUUGAUCCGCAAACAGGAAAUAUGUUGGGGAAGUUUAGAGCUUCCACAAAGGCUAUAUCCUCUGUAUCUGUUUCACCAGAUGGGAAGAUAUUAGCAACUGCAGCUGCCCAGUUGAAGACUAUCAAUCUUUCUGAUAACAAAAAGAUACAGAAGUUUUCUGGUCAUCCCGGAGCUGUUCGUGCUAUGAUCUUUACUGAGGAUGGAAAGUAUAUUCUCUCAUCUGCUGUUGGUGAAAGGUACAUCGCAUUAUGGAGAACUGAUGGUGUCAAAAAGCAGACAGCAAGCUGUGUCCUUGCAAUGGAGCACCCUGCUGUAUUUCUUGAUAGCAAGUGCCUUGAGAAUAAGGGAGUUGAUGAUGCAGGGCUAUGUGUUAUGGCCAUUUCAGAAACUGGUGUUUGUUAUACAUGGUGUGGACAAAAUGUCGAAGAGUUACGUAUUGCCAAGCCUACAAAAAUUGUACUAUUUAGUGAAGAUUCAAAAAAUCAAAAGGGUGGAUUACGAACUAUAUUUGCUGCAAAAUUACAAGGCACUGCCAAACCUAUGGCUGCACAUGUGUUUAUUGCCUGUGGUUUGCUGGUUAAACCUUUGUUUCAGAAAAUAGUAGUGCAUUCUGGCACAGACAUGAAUUUGGAUAUCUCUCAGGAUGGAAUUCUUCUACCAAUGAACCGGCCUAUUCUCAAAUCUAAGAAAGGGAUAGAUGUACAGAAUCGAGUCACUGCAUUAGACCGUGCCAAUGUGGAGGAUGCAUCACUUCCUAUUUCAAAAGUUUCUGAUUUUCAUGAGAAAAGGAUGAGGGAUAAAACUGUUAAUAUUGAGACUGAUGAAGUCAUGGUGGGCUUGAUGGAUGCGAGGAGCCAACCUGAGUCUGUGGAGGACAGAGAUGGCAUUUUAGAAGUUGAUGCUGUAACAACUUCUAUGGAGAAGCAGUUAAGGUUACUAGAAAUACUUAGCAGUAAAGGUGAUAGUAUGAUACUUGGCAGUAUUGAUCUUGAAGCUAAUGUUCCACAAAAGAAGAUGAGGGCAGCUGUUUUGUCUAUGGAACCUAGCAAUGCAUCCAAGUUACUGGAAGUUUUGGUGGCCAAAUGGCAAUCUAGGUCAUGUAGUGGAAAGUAUGUUCUGCCAUGGAUGUAUUGUAUAUUGGUCAAUCAUGGACAUCAUAUUAUGGCCCAAGACAAACCAGAGACUCAGAUGCUUAAUUCCUUAUUGGAGAUCACUAAAUCUAGGGGCGUGGCUAUUCAACCUUUAUUACAAUUAUCAGGUCGUUUGCAGCUUGUAACUGCACAGACUGACAAGGCUGCCCUGAACAAAAAUAAUGUCUUGUUGCGUAAUCAACAAAUUAAUGAUAGUGAAGAUGAUGAAGAAGAUGAAAUCGAGGAGCAAUUUUAUGGGGAAGAAGACGACGAAUCCCAAUUGAGUAGUGAUGAUGAUAGUUAGAGAGACAAUCCCUAUAAAGUUUCUAUAGUGGAGUAUUUAUGUGCAAAGCUUCAUUGGGUGUGGGUGUUUCAUCAACCUAUGCACGGAUUCUGGAUAUUAACUGGAAGCUUAUUUUCAUCCUCUCGACAGUGAGGCAGUGCUGGUCUGCUUUUCAUAUGCUUAUUUCCAAAGUGCCCUCCGAUUUGGUUUUUUGCCCUCUGCUUCUGUGAUGAAUUUAAGUUUUAGGUAUUAGGGGGUUUAUUCUUUUUAAUUCUCUAUCAUGCCUCGCCUAUAGUAUUUUUUGUACAAGUGCAAGAAUGUGGGAAUGUAGUUUGUCAUUAACUUGUAAAAUGGCGAGCAUUUUUGUCCCUGUCUAGAGCCUUUUUCAUGUUGCUGCGUUCAUAAGUACAGCCUGGAGACCCUUUAGCUUUUGGUCUCUGAAAUCAAUGUCAUUUUGUGGUAAUGGUAACAGUAUCAAUUCAAUUUCACAUGUAUCAUAUUUCGUAGAGCAA